GCCGGAGGUAUACCACCCCUGUAUUCCUGACGGCCGCGGCUUAACCACCAGCAUUAGGUACUACUUACACAUCUAACGUCUGUUCUCCAAUUGACUUAUGCUGCGACAUUCUCUACAGUAGGACGUACUUUCAAGCGAACGCGUGUUGACUGUCAUUCAAUAACGUGAGUCGUGUUCAAAUUGACGCGGUGAGGCUGCAAUGCAUUUGAUUGCACCUGCGGCAAUGUUGCUCGUAGGCCCGUUGGAGGUGUAGCUUUACGCCGAGAAGUCCUAUGGCGUGCCCACCAUUCUGUUCGAAUAACGAUAUCGACGUUCAUUAAUCCAGGCUACUCACGCCAACUUUGUUUUCUACUACGUGCUAGACGCCGCCGUCUUGUAACACAGUUGCUGAUAGUGUUAUUGCUUACACAGAGCUACCUACGUCUUCGUUUCAAAAUGCCCGUCGUGAACAACGUGGACUUGCCUGCUGCAUCAAGCUCAAAGCAGAAACUUCCCGAACCAUUGCGAGCAAUUCGUACUGGCCGACCAUCACUCGGUUCCAGUAGUGUACGCCCAGUUGUCGAGUGGCAUACUUCAACUACCCGGGAGAAGGCUGCGAAGUCUCUCAGUGCACCCUCCACUGGCAAUAGUAUACCAAAGUCUAAGCCAUCGGCUUCGACAUCUCGAACUCCACAAAAUGCAAGUCCGGUUUUGUACAGUUCUUGUGUCACCACGCCUUCUUCCACACCCAAACACAAAGUCACAUCUGCUGCUAAAGCCACGGUCACCCGACCGAUCUUUGACAUGACUCCUCUCUUCGCUGCGGGCAAGGCUUCCACUUCAAAGUCUUCAGCGCGACGUUCGACCUUUGGUACUUUCAAAAAACCAAACACGAAUUCUACAUCGUCGACAUCGCGUACAGCUUCUGUAUCUGCCGUAUUAGGCGAAACUAACAUAGUACGGAAGUUGGCUAUGCCUAACUUCACUGCGUCUUCGGCCGGUCCAUCUUCGGUUGCAAACACCAUUGUUGCUGAAGCGAGACCCAAGAAGUCAUUGCCUGUUGCACCUAUCUCGGGCGUCGAGUCCUCGCGUACACCAACAAGUUUUAAGCGCAGACUCAAACCUGUAGUGUAUCUGCCCAAACCAAAGCAUACAUCAGCUAGAAAACAAGCAUCACCUGUUCGCUCCUCGGAGGUCAUUCCGACUUCGGACGUAGAGGAAUUGGAGUUGACAGAAACGUCAGUCAUUAUUCUAGGUAGCCUGGAAGUUCCGGCAUCCACUUUGAAUGGAGACAGCCGAAUGUGUUCUCGCAAGUCUUGCUACAAGAAAUUACCGCAGGACUCUAAAUUUCGCAUGUGCGAUGCAUGUAGGGCGUAUGCACGCGAGUUCCAUCGCCGCCAGAAGGUCAAAACGGAUACGGUUGCAGGAACAGCUGAAUCCGCUAUCCCUAGUGGUUCAGCAGUAUCUUCCCAUACAUCAGUGCAAGGGCCACCGGUGGAUAAUUCGCCCGAUUCGCCCAACUUGCCAGACAUUGCUACAAUACCAGUCGCCCUGCCAUCGAGACAAAUGCCUACUGCCGCGCACAAUGCUGCUGUUACUCUGCUACCAUACGCUGCGACAAAUUUCGUGCCGGGCCAUUGGCCGCAGGGCCUACAUCCCAUGGCGUCAACUCCAGUAGCACCCUCGCCAUCCAAUUACUGGCAAACGGACCCCAGAUUUGUCCCAUACUUUCCUCCCCAUCCCCUUCCCGCUCUUGCGUCCGAUUACAGAGACUCUGCGGCUGGCCCGAGUGCAGUUUUUCCUUACAAAGAUGUCCCGGGUCCCUCGCCUGUUAUCAAUGAAGGCCUGAAGCUAUGGAUGAGCAAGUUGCGUAUUGCUGGAAAAUUGAAGUGCUAUGACGCGAGGUUCGACGUUUCCGAACCGACGUUGGGAAAACGCAAGGCAGAGCCUUGGUCUAGUGCAGCGAAGAAACGGUCGAGGGUUGACGACAUGGAAGAGGAUCAGCAAUAUCUGGAUUUGGAUGCGCUCUGUGUUGCUCUCAGGUCGCACGUUGCGAACCUGAGACGGCUCUCCUAUAGACAGGUCACCAAUUUUGCCGGAUCGUAUUCUGUCGUCGCAGGCUCUACGACGACCUCCUUCGAAUCCAAUUCGCAGUUGGUAGUUCAGGAAUUGGUUCAGAAGGCUGCCUUGCCUAUUCGAUCAGAUCUCCCGCCAAGCGCAUUCCCAGGAUACCAAACGCACCACUCCAUAUAUCAAUGUUUAUGUGCAGAUAAUCCUGCCAAUGCCACCUCUCAGACUUCACAGUGCGGCGGCAGAGUCGUGUUAGUGACGCGUAAAGUUUCUGGUCCUGUAAACUCGGGGUCCAUCUUUGCCGAUAAGUUCACGGUGAAGGUGAUACAUUAGACCGACUGUAUACGUGUUGCAGUAGAGUGUUCUCAUUUGCUUUCGGCUGCUUUAGCGUGUUUGAACUUCAUACCAUAUCUUGGGACUAAUCAAUAACAGUAGACAUGUAUACACCUGUAUCCUGCUUUCUUGAUCUGCGUAGUACAUACAGCACUUGCAGUGCUCGAAUAAAGCUUCCUCAAUAACUACUUUUUUUUUCGU